CACGAAAUGUGAGCGUCACUAGAGUUGUCAGCCCUGCAGAAUGCGCCGCCGACGACCAAGGGAGUACCACGUACACCUGGACCGCCGGCCUUCCAAUCCCGCUUUGUGAUACGCUCCCAGAACUCACCUCGCCGCACCGUUCGCUCAUCGCAUCGUCGCUUCUCUACCAUGGACGGCGCGCCUGCCGAAAGCCAUAGUUCUGGCUCUCAGAUACACCCGCAGUUACGCCAGAGGAUGUUGAAUCGCGCAGCAACCUUCGCUGAAGGCGUGCAACAGCAGGCCCCGACAGCAGCCCUCCCGCGCCGACGAAGCUCUAUCCUCUCCGACCUGUCAGACACGCGACACUCUCUCCGAUCCUCUACCGAUGACCUACUACGAAGUGGUGGAAAACAUGAUAUGGGUAGUCUCACGUCUUCAGACGAACCGUCGCAUUGGAUCUUGCUCCCAAUCGUGGCCGCCAUUGUACCAGCAGCUGUUGGGCUGACACACAAGAAUGGCGCCGCUGUUGCGACGGAUAUGUUGAUGCUAGCGCUGGCGUCGUGGUUCCUGCACUGGUGUGUGCGGGUUCCAUGGGACUGGUACCAUGAUGCCCAGCAACGGCAGUACGAAUACAAGGAAACAGGCGAAGCGCAGUACGAUGACACAAUCCUCGAGGAGGAUGAAGAUAGCGUUGGAAGUCCAGCCGAGCCCCCAGAGCCUGUUGCAGAGGACCCGCAGGAAUCAAAAGAGAAUGCAAGUAGCGGUUCUACGGCUGCUGCAGAUGCCCAGAAGGACGCUCGCAAGCAGUUGAAGCGGGAGGAGCUCUUGGCUUUCGCCAGCUGUUUUCUCGGGCCGCUGCUGGGCGCCCUUUUGCUACAUACAAUACGAGGACAGCUCACGCGCGCGGAAGGGAUAGUAUCGAACUUCAACUUAGGUAUCUUCUUCUUGGGGGCCGAGAUCCGACCGUUUCGCCGCCUCAUCAAAAUGAAGAGAGAAAGACUUUUGCAUCUCCAGCGCGUAGUCAGGUCAGAUCCUAGAGACGAUCUAGGCGCCGCCGAUGCACAACAACUCUCGCAGCGGCUGACAGAACUAGAGGCUCGACUAGACGGCCCAGUUGCUAAUAACGACGUGGACAUCUCCAAGCUCAGUGCCGAGGUACGCCAAAGCACACAAUUGCAAUUGGACGCCCUCAACCGCGCAGUUCGACGAUAUGAGAAACGACACAUGGCACAAUCAAUACAGAUCGAGGCGCGCUUCCAGGAGCUUGAUGCACGGCUCGGAGAUGCGCUUGCACUGGCUGCUGCGGCUGCAAGGACAGGUCAGCGACCCGGUAUCAUUUCUAUGACGAUUAGCUGGAUUGCAAGUAUCGUUAACUACGUCUUGGAUAUAGCCUGGAACAUUGUCAUGUACCCUCUGCGAACGGCAGCUGCUGCUAUAGCGCUGGUCAGAACAUGGUUUAUGAAGGAUGAGCCUCGGUCUCGAAGACGAGCAAAAGGACAGCUUAAUGGGUACUCGUCGAUAUCGACGCCUAGGAUGCAGUCCAAGAGCCAACGAUAAAUCACUUUCCUCCCUACAAACUAUCUAUUGAUACCCAACACAUAUACCAUUCUUUGUUAGAUUC